AAAAACGAUAAAUAAAUUAAAAAACUAAUCAUGGGAAUAAUUUGUAAAUUUGUUACAGUACUACUAGUUUGUUAAAAUAUAUAUGAGCGUUUUUCGUGGAAAUAAAAAACAUAUUUCAUAUUAUUAAGAUAAGAAGAAACAAUUGAAUCAUCAUCGAUCGAUCACUCACACUCACUCAUCACUAUUCUAUUGAGAUUGAAAAAGAAAAAGAAAAUUAGGGUUUUAUAAAGAUGGGAGGAUGUUUCUCAGAUAUGAAAGGUGCAAAAGAGGCAGUUGGAGGUGUUAAUCAAAAAGCAACAAACAACAACAAUGACGCUGUUGAUUUCUUCUACACUUCUCAGGGUUUUCAGCCAUUGUUUACACAAGUUGAGUUAUCUUUUUCAGCAUAUGACUUACUUGAUAUGGACAUUACAUCAAAGAGUGAUCCUAUGCUUGUUGUAUAUGCAAAGAAAGCAGAUGGCAGAUUUGAAGAAUUAGGACGUACUGAAGUUGUGACGAAUUGUUUGAAUCCAGAAUGGAUAGAAAAAAUUAAUAUUGCAUUUCAUUUCGAGAUUGUGCAACCACUUGUAUUUCAUGUGUAUGACAUUGACACAACAUAUCAUGGUGUUUCCACUAAGACACUAAAACUGGAAGAUCAAGAGUUUAUUGGAGAGGCGACGUGCAAUUUAUCAGAGAUAGUGACCAAACAAAACAGGAGCUUAAGCUUAAAGCUUCAAAGUAAAAAUGGGAAUAAUGGUAAAAAAAAUCUAGGAACAAUUAUAAUUCGUGCAGAGGAGACAGUUACUUCAAGGAGUGUUGUUGAGAUUAUCUUCCGUUGUUCUGACAUUUCUUCUAAAAGUUUAAAUUGUUGGGUUUCAAAUGAUCCUUUUCUAAGGAUAUCAAGAAUGGUUGAAAGUGGAGGUUAUAUUCCUAUUUGCAAGACUGAAGUUAUAGACAACAGUUUAAACCCAAAAUGGAAACAAGUUUGUCUUAAUUUCCAGCAAUUUGGAAGUAAAGAAACUCCAUUACUUAUUGAGUGUUUUGAUUUCAAUAUGAGUGGCAAUCAUGUCCUAAUUGGUAAAAUGCAGAAAUCAAUUGCAGACCUAGAAAAGCUAUGCCAUGAGAGAAAAGGCGCAAAUUUUGUCAUGCCAUCCAAACUCAAUGGACAAGAGCAGAUUCUAAAAGGCCAACUCUUUGUGGACCAUUAUUUUGAAAAGGAACAAUUCAGCUUUAUUGAUUACAUAUCUAGUGGAUUUGAACUGAACUUCAUGGUUGCAAUAGAUUUCACUGCUUCAAAUGGAAAUCCUCAAAAGUCAGAUUCAUUGCAUUACAUUGAUGUAUCUGGUCGGUUAAAUUCAUACCAAAAGGCUAUAAUGGAGGUUGGAGAAGUUAUUCAAUUCUAUGAUACGGAUAAAAGAUUUCCUGCUUGGGGCUUUGGAGGACAUAUACACGGUGGUGCUGUAUCGCAUUGUUUUAAUCUGAACGGAGCUCGAGGUGUUAACUCUGGUGUUAACUCUGAGGUGGUUGGAGUUGAAGGAAUAAUGGAUGCUUAUUCUAAGGCUUUAAAAAGUGUGACUCUAUCAGGACCAACUUUAUUUGGUCCAGUUAUCAACACAGCUGCACAAAUGGCCGCAGAGUCCCUUUCGUCAUAUAACAGUACUAAGUACUAUGUAUUGCUAAUUAUAACGGAUGGAAUUGUUACGGAUCUUCAAGAAUCAAUUAAUGCUGUGGUUAAUGCAUCUGAUCUUCCUUUAUCGAUACUUAUAGUUGGUGUUGGAGGCGCUGAUUUCACCAGCAUGGAGGUACUGGAUGCCGAUAAUGAGGUCUUAAGAAAUUCUACUGGUUGUGUAGCUGCACGAGAUAUAGUGCAGUUUGUCCCGAUGAGAGAAGUACAAAAAGGAAAUAUCUCUGUUGUGCAAUCUCUUUUGGAAGAACUACCUGAUCAGUUUUUGAGUUUCAUGCGAAGUAGAAAUAUCAAACCACUCUUUUCUCAUUCAAAUGCAUAAAAAUGCAAUAGAUUUUACUUGAUUAGUUAGAGACCACUAAGCUUUUUUCUGUAUGUAGAUAAUUUAUCCACAUAAAUUGCUUAGAUUUGUGUGUGUGAAGGCCAAAUUUUAGGUCUGACAAUAUAUUUGCAUUUUGAAUUCAAAUUAAAUAUAAGUCUCGCAUAAAGUGGUGAG